AUGCUGUCUGGUGACCAAGUGAAUGAAAUCAUCGUUGAGGUUGAGAAUGUCCCAUAUGGGGUCCAAAGCCAUCCAUCUUCAAGUCAGAUUGUUCCAGAAAAGACACUGGCGAAUGCAAGCGUUAGUCUGGUCUCCUCCAUUUCUGACAUUGAUGUGACAGACUCUCAGGUGUUCAGCAAUUGCAAUGACAAAAAACGCAAGCAGUUCUUACGGUGUUCAACACCUGCGAAUGAAUCGUUUUCCCAGACCCUUCAUAGCUCAGAAAGCAUGGGCUUAGACACCCCUCGUACCUCACAUGAGAACAUCCAAGGACAAAAGUUAAUCGCAUCCCUGAUACCCAUGACAUCUAGAGACAGAAUUAAAGCCAUCAGGAAUCAACCAAGGACCAUGGAAGAGAAAAGGAACCUUAGGAAAAUGGUUGACAAAGAGAAAAGUAAGCAGCCCGGUCGUAUCCUGGAGCUCGACGGCUGUGCUCAGUGUGUGAAUUCCAUUUCAUUGGCAUACCGGAGAUCCAAGAACAGUCUGUCGGAACUGUUCAAUUCCAUCAGCCUGUGGCAGAAGACGCUCAAGGUCAUCGGAGGCAAGUUCGGCACCAGCGUCCUCUCCUAUUUCAACUUUCUGAGGUGGCUUUUGAAAUUCAACAUUUUCUUGUUCAUUGUGACCUUCAGCUUCAUCAUAAUCCCUCAGUUAACCAUGGCCGAGAAGAACCACCUCCAAUUCACUGGACUGGAAUUUUUAACCGGGGCUGGUUAUUUUAGGGACACAGUGAUGUACUACGGCUUUUACACCAAUACUGAAAACCAGCAUGGGAGUAGUGGGACCUCCUACAACAUGCAGUUGGCCUACAUCUUCACAGUCGGAGCAUGCUUGGUUGUCUGCUUUUUCAGUUUGCUCUUCAGCAUGGCCAGGUAUUUCCGGAACAACUUCAUUAACCCACACAUUCACUCCAGAGGGAUUGCUAAACUCAUCUUUUGCUGGGAUUUCACUGUCACUCAUAAAAGCACUGUAAAGCUGAAACAGAAGAAUCUGAGCACUGAGAUAAGGGAGAACCUGUCAGAAAUCCUUCAGGAGAAUGUCAAGUUAACACUCAAUCAGCAGUUGAUUCGCUUCUCUGCCCACCUGGCAGCCUGGGUUGUCUCUACUGGAGUGACCAUUGCCUGCUGUAUAGCCAUUUAUUACCUGGCUGAGAACAACUCAGAGUUCCUGGAGAACCACAGGAACCCCGGGGCGGUACUGUUACUGCCUUUCGUUGUGUCCUGCAUCAACCUGGUCAUGCCUCGCCUCUACUCCAUGUUCAGGCUGGUGGAGCGCUAUGAGAUGCCAAGGCAUGAAGUCUACAGCCUCCUGAUCCGAAACAUCCUUCUGAAAUUAUCAAUCGUUGGAAUUCUUUGUUACUAUUGGCUCAACAUUGUGGCCCUGGCUGAUGAAGAGUGUUGGGAAACCCUCAUUGGCCAAGAAAUCUACCGGCUCCUUCUGAUGGAUUUUGUGUUCUCUUUAGCUGAUUCCUUCCUGGGGGAGUUCCUGAGGAGAAUCAUUGGGAUGCGGCUUAUCACAAGUCUUGGCCUACAGGAGUUUGACAUUGCCAGCAAUGUCCUAGAACUGAUCUACACACAAACUCUGGUGUGGAUUGGAACCUUCUUCUGCCCUCUGCUGCCCUUUAUCCAAAUGAUUACUCUUUUCAUCAUGUUUUACGUCAAAAAUAUCAGCCUGAUGAUGAAUUUCCAGCCUCUGAGCAAAGCCUGGCGGGCCUCACAGAUGAUGACUUUCUUCAUCUUUUUGCUCUUUUUUCCGUCCUUCACCGGGGUCCUGUGUACCCUGGCCAUCACCAUCUGGAGACUGAAGCCUUCAGCUGACUGUGGCCCGUUUCGAGGUCUGUCUUUCUUCAUUCAGUCCAUCUACAACUGGAUCGACACCCUGAGUACAAGUUCCAGCUACCUGUGGGUCGUUUGGAUCUACCAGAACCUCGUCGGCAGCGUGCACUUCUUUUUCAUCCUCACCCUCAUUGUAUUAAUCAUCACUUACCUUUACUGGCAGAUCAUAGAGGGAAGGAAGAUUAUGAUCAGACUGCUCCAUGAACAGAUCAUUAACGAGGGCAAAGACAAAAUGUUCCUGAUAGAAAAGUUGAUCAAACUGCAGGAUAUGGAGAAGAGAGCAAGCCCCACCUUGUUUACGCCAGAAAGGAGAGACGUGGAGCAAUCUGGUCCUCUGCAUGUCAGAGAGCAUGAUGCUGCUCGAGACCUGCGAUUUAGGCGAUCAGUUCAAGAAGAUAAUCUAAAGGCCUGA